AUGAUAAGAUCAUCCAUAUUAAGAAUAGGGAGACGUUCCCUUAGUUCUAAAACCGCUGUGAUAACGACUCCUAUAUUUUAUGUCAACGCCAAGCCCCAUAUUGGACACUACUACUCAAUGACUCUCGCGGACGUUUACAACAGAUGGCUCAAAUUGAGUGGAGAAUCAACUUUUUUCACGACAGGCACCGACGAACAUGGCCUCAAGGUCCAAACAGCAGCAGCCGUCGCUGGGAUGGAUCCAAAAACCUUUUGUGACGGACUUUCCCAAAAAUUCAGAGAGCUCGCUUCUGUAGGAAAUAUACAGUACGAUAGAUUCAUAAGAACCACAGAUCCCGAUCAUCUGGAGGCCGUGCAAUUUUUCUGGAAAACCCUGGAGGAGAAAGGACAUAUAUACAAGGGCAAACAUUGCGGAUGGUAUUCUGUUUCCGACGAGUGCUUUUAUGCAGAAACGGAGAUCGAGGAGGUGGACGGAAAGAUGGUCGCCAAGGAGACAGGCGCAACUGUUGUGUACGAGACGGAGGAAAACUACUUUUUCCGUUUGAGUGAGCACCAGCAGCGACUCAUUCAGUUUUUGAAGGACAACCCGUCAUUCGUGCAACCUCCCCUUUAUUACCAAACGCUGCUUCGUGAUCUGAAGUCACGUGACCUUGAAGACCUGAGCGUCUCGCGUCCCAGUUCCCGCGUGAGUUGGGGAAUCAGCGUGCCCAAUGAUCCGUCUCAGAAGAUGUACGUCUGGUUUGAUGCUCUGAUCAACUACUUGACCUGCAUUGGGUAUCCUUCUCAGAUACCUCAGGAACCAUCGUUUGUGCAUCUGGUUGGAAAGGAGAUCGUCAAGUUCCACUGUAUCCACUGGCCAAGCUUUCUGAUGGCCUGCGAGCUUCCGCUCCCACGUGGUGUUUUUGUCCACGGCCAUUGGCUCAUGGAUGGGCGCAAGAUGAGCAAAAGCCGGGGCAAUGUUGCCGAUCCGGUGGAGAUUUCUGAAAAGUAUGAGACUGAUGCUCUGCGUCUCUUUAUGAUGCGCUAUUCUGUGCUGGACUCCGACUGCGAUUAUUCUGAGAGCAAGCUGAAUGCCACGAGAAACGAGUUCAUUGACAAGUUCUGCAACCUGCUGACGCGGUCACUGUCCAAAAAAUUCAGCAUUUCUCGGGCCCUAGCAAAGGUCGAGACUCGCGGACUUGCGAGCCUGCUUGACGAGGCUGGAGAGGAAUUUUCAGCUGAUUUGCGGUCUCUCUAUGAGCAGGUGGACGAGCUGCCGGCUACUAUCGAUCCGCAUUUAAGAAAAAUGGAACUGCACAAGGCAGUCCUUGCCAUAUGGCAAUUAUUGCCUCGCAUUAAUGGACUAUUUGACCAAUACGAGCCGUGGAGACUAAAAGGGCCUGACAACGAGCUCAUGCAGGACCUGGUGAUUUUCAGUGCGCUUGAUUCGCUGCGCUGUCUGCUGAUCCUGUUGCAACCUGUUGUUCCUGACUACACCAAGAUGCUGCUUGAUAAAUUACAGGUCGAGCCUUCGAAGCGAACUUUAGACAUGGCGGGCAUUGCAAGAGACACCAGCUAUGCCAAGUCUGCUACUUUUUCAAAAGGAGAGAAGGUCCCGCUUCAAAAAAUCAGAUUAGACUAA